AUGAACAAUCAAUAUAUUCGUCGAGAAGUCUUCUGCUGUGAAACUUGUCAUGAGCUCAAAAGCUUCUGGGAAAAAGAAAUUAGCAAACAGACUUGUUACAGGGAACUGGAGGAAGAUCGUCAGGGAAGGAGCGCCCUGAGAAAAACCCAAGAUAAAUGGCAGCAACACAGUGAUAAAUAA